UUACUUCCUCAAUUAUCUUUUGCAUACCCUCUCUCUCUUUCUCUCUCUCUGAUAUCAAAUGGCGGCGCUUAGAAGACUGGUUGGGCCUAAUCCUAGUUUAUCACACGCGUCUCUUCUUCCUCCAACUUUUCUCAUUUGCUGCAGAGGAAUUGCUUCCAGACUUUUCGUUGGAGGAUUGUCCUCUUACACCACAGAACAAAGAUUAGCAGAAACAUUCUCUCAAUAUGGUCAAGUUGUUGAAGCAAAAAUUGCAAUGGACAGAGUCUCAGACAGAUCAAAAGGAUUUGGAUUUGUGACCUUUGCAUCAAAAGAUGAAGCAGAGAAAGCCAUUGCUGAGAUGAAUGGGAAGGAACUGAAUGGAAGAGUCAUUUUUGUGGAUUAUGCAAAGCUCAAAAUCAGUUUCGGAGGUGGAAUGCCAGUAGCCAGAGGGCCUCCAGAACCGACUGCUGACAAGUGAUUACUUAUACGAGGAUGUUAUUUGUGCAGAACUUUUAUCAGCUUAUUCUUGCUAAUAACAAAUAUGUUUGUGACAUUUGGAGAUGCAUGCUACAACUGAAGCACCACUCAGCACUAGAAGCAAGAGAUGAUACUAACUAUUUUACAUCAGAAUCGAACCAAUCUCUAAGCAACUCACUCCAAAAACAGUUUUAUAUUCCCUUCCAUUUCUUGUAAUGUUAAUUGGUUGGGAAAAUAUAAUUUAGAGUAGUGCUGAAGUGAGGGUUUAUUGAUAGCUAGUCUGUUGAAGGAGUAAUGGAUAUUGAUGGUCCUAUGUUGUUUAUUGUCAUAGUUCUGUUUGGCUUGCCUCUUGAUAUCCUGUGAAAAAAGUAAACGGUAUAAAUUGCAAGAUUGGCGAGAAUUCUAGUUAUUUUUUCACUA